AUGACCAAUCCUGCACUUAAAGUUAAAUCAAACGGAAAAUCCUCUUAUCGAAGAAGCAAGAAAAGGGAAAUGGAAAGGGAGAUCAAGAGAUUGCGGAAUAUUAUACCUGGUUUAAGGAAUCGCAGGGACAUUGAUGAAGCUGAUGUGAUUUACGCAAGCAUAGCAUACAUGAAUCAACUUGAAAUCGCCCUAGUGAAUCGGAAGUGCGACGGUGACUUCUCACAAAUCGACCACUUGGUAGGCAAACCUGUCCCCCGAAAUCUCCUUCAAAUUUCCUCGAGAGGUGAGACGCUAAUUAUUCCACCAGUCCAAAGUUCUGAGGUAUCGCCUUGUUUAACAUCAGAUGAUGAAAGCAGGAAUUGA